AUGCUACUCCUGGGCCUUACCGGUUCAAUCGCGACCGGCAAAUCCACCGUAUCCUCUAUCCUCUCCCAAGCGCCGUACUCGCUCCCCAUCAUCGACGCUGAUGUUCUCGCCCGGAAAGUCGUCGAGCCAGGCACGGCCGGCUACAAGAAAAUCGUAGCGCAUUUCGGUCCCACGACUCCCGACCUCCUUCUCGAACCCCCCUCAACCCCAGAUCCUUCUGUGGAUUUCAGCAAAGGCGCGCCCUUGAACCGCCCCGCGCUGGGCCGGCGCGUUUUCGGGGAUUCGGAAGAAAAGAAGAGGGAUCGGGCGGUCUUGAAUGGCAUCAUCCAUCCGGCAGUUCGGUGGGAGAUGUAUAAACAAUUGUUAUCUUGUUAUUUGAGAGGCUGCUGGGCGGUCGUCUUGGAUGUGCCAUUGCUUUUUGAAAGUGGGAUUGAUGCAAUAUGUGGGACAGUGCUUGUAGUUGCGGUUACGGAUCCUGCGAUACAAAUGAGGAGGCUGCGGGAGAGAGAUAGUCACUUGACGGCUGAGGAUGCAGAGAAUAGGGUAAGGAGUCAAGGGGAUGUGAGGGACAAAGCAAGAAGGUGUGAGGCGAGGGGUCCAGGGGCGGGAGUAGUUAUUUGGAACGAUGGGGGAAAGGAGGACCUGAAGAAGGAGGUCGAUAGAGUGAUGAAGGAGAUCAGUAGAGCGAGCCCGAGAUGGUGGGCUUGGUUACUUCUGUUAUGUCCGCCGUUGGCUGGCCUGGCGGGCGUUUGGAAUCUUUACCGAGGACAAGUGAUGAAUAGGAAGUGGAAGGAGCAGGAAUUGCAGGCCAAAGCAAGGCUCUGA